AUGACGUUCAGUCACCCAACUCAAAACAACUUGUCACAAGCACUCAAGGAAUUAUUUGGAAUCAAAGAAUCUAAUACAGAUACCGGAGAGCCAUUGGAUUUUGGUAGUAGAGAAGGGCACCUGCAUGAGUCUCAGAGCGGCGACAAUGAAUCAGUCCACUCCCAUUCACACAAGUCUGUAGACCAAACUCGAAAGGUACAAGGAGGAGGAGGAGGAGGCGAUCCCGGAGAUUCUGACGGUGACGAUAGCAGUCAUGGUAAAGGAGGUGGAGACCCUCACAGAAAUCCCAGGAAACCGCUAACGCCUAAUCAUUCUAGAAGAAAUCCCUUUGGCGUCGCAUCGGAUGAAUCGAGAGACUCUGCCAGUAAACCACUUCUGGAGCCCCAAUCCAAUCUAAAGCUCAAGGUGGACGCUAUACCAACCUGGGAUGGGAAUCCAGAAGGUUUGAGACGAUGGCUUUUGAAGGUUAACAGUUUGGCUAAAAGGUCUCAGACAGUCUUCAAACAGUUAGGAACACUCAUUCCAACUCGACUUACAGGUUCAGCAGAGAUCUAG